AAAUUUUUAUUUUCCUGGAUAUUUUAUGCUAUGGUUUUAGUUUUUGUACAGGAAAAAUGGAAUCCAAGGAUCGCUUAAUCCAUUUCAGAUUAUAGUUGGGAUGAGUGAGAGAUUGUGCAUGUGAGAGGCUUGGACCCUGAGGGCUCUACUCGUAUUCAUUAUUCUUCUCGUCUGCCUCUCAAUGAUUCAUCUAAAUCUAUUGUUUGAUUGAAUAAUUAUGGUUAAUCUAUUGGAAUUUUAUUUUCCUGGAUAUUUUAUGCUAUGGCUUUAGUUUGUGUACAGGAAAAAUGGAAACCAAGGAUCGCUUGAUCCAUUUCAGAUUAUAGUUGGGAUGAGGGAGAGAUCGUGCAUGUGUAAUGCUUGGACCCUGAGGGCGCUAUACAAGAGUAGUGGAGCUGCAGUAUUUGAAGUUUAAUUAGUAUGUAAUAUGUAAUUAACCUAUAGUUGAAAUGGGCCUCUAUUAUGUUGGAAUAAAAGUAGUUCACCCCAUAAGUUUCUUUAGAUGGAGGAACAUAUGGUGUAAUAAGGUUUAGUUUUAACUAUACAUUACAUUACUUUGGAAUGAAUGGCAGACUCUGUUUUUAAAAUGAAUAUUACAUUACAUUGGAGUAAAUGUAAUUUACUUUAAUGGGGAAUGCGACAGAGACAAGAGGAGAGAGUAUGAUCAACAGGAAUGUACAGCAUUAAGCACGGAGCUCUGGCUGGGUUAUAACCAGGAAAACAGAACAUAUGGCUUAAUAUGUUAGCCGGAAAAGAAUAAAAUAGCUCUUGACACCAACAUACGUUUUAGUAUGUGAGCUAUCAACAGUAACAUAUGGUUUAGUAUGUUAGCCGGUAGCUGGGAAAGCUACAUACGUCCUGAUAUGUUGGACUAGGAGUUAGUAGCAAUGGCUUGGUAUAGGAGCCUAACCAAGAGAAUGGUUAGGCGUGGGUUAGAAUAAUAGCCUGACAUAUGACCUAAUAUGUUAGCAAUGGGCGAAAUGGGACGAUAACAUAUCAUCACCUAAAUGUUAAAUAUAACAAACGGAGCAUUAUAGGGGAUAACUUUAUGUCCAACAGUAAGGCACGCCUAGGAGAACCCAGCUGGAAAGGACGUGAUUCUGGUUUAAAUAAAGUGUCACACCUUACUUUUAGGAUGGGUUUGGAUACUUUUUUUGGUCAGCCAACUAAUUUUACCAUAUUGAACCUUGGUGUAUAAAAUUAUCAUAUAGCGCUGUGAGACUGAGCUUCAUGUAAUGAACAAACUGUAAGUCAUCCUAACUAGAACCUAACUAUAUAAAAGGACUUGCGUCACUUCCGGAACAGUUUACAAUAACAGAAUCCAAUGGAGGGAGGGGCUAGUGUUGUUCAUCGGAAGCUAGGAUACUAACUAUGGUUGCGUACUUCGUGCUGGUGAUUAAAAAGUCUGAUAAGUCUAUUGCGGCCAUGUUCUGGGUAAUAGGUCAAACUACGUGCUUCACCCUACUGAAAACGAUAGUGGAGAAAGCGAACUUAACCUUUCUGGCAAAGAAGACGGUGACGGAUUUGAACACUUUCAAACAGGACGCUGCGCAAAUGCUGCUGGCUCAGAAGUUGGAUACGUCAAAUCUUGAGCUCCCCAAGAAGCACAAAGAGGUUUGUGAGGUGGUCCAUGACCUAGUUCAGCUUGGGCUAGUGCAGGAGGCCAUGAUGGGAGCUCAACUUAAAAGACGAUUAGCGGAGCUCAAGGGUGAGGAGGAGGCGCUGGUUGAGAGCGGUCUUCGGCCAACCCCGGCAAGGUUGAAUCUGCUCAGAGCGCUGUCCUCACAAACCGAGGAGGAGCAAGACGAUCGUAAGGAGGUGUCUGAAGAUGAACUAAUGGAUUUUGAGCAAGAGUUGCUUGACAUGGACGACACCGCUAAGGAAGAUGAUACUCCCGCCCUUAUCCCUCCUCCUAUAGAGAUACGGGUAAACUCUGAGCAUCUUGUGGACAGAGUCUCAGAUGUAGUGGUGCUGAAGAUGAAGCGUGAGCUCCGUAGACAGGCUCAAGCCAGCGAGGCUCUCCUAGCCAGAAUGGAGCAAAAACUGGAUCUGUUGCUCCAGCAGGAACCUUCCAUCCGCACUGAAACAACAACAUCUUCAAGUAAGGAGUCUAAAGUGUGUUAUUAUUGCCGGGAGGAGGGGCAUCUUGCCAAUAAGUGCAAAGUUAGAGUCAAGUGCAAAGGCUGUGGAGGGGACAAGCAUCCAUAUGACAGAUGUGAGGACAAACUCUCUACUUGUGCAAAGUGUGAUCUGAUAGGUCACUCCAGUGUUGUUCAUGAGACAAAGGAUCCGGUUCUCCGUAAAUCGCUAUAUGAUGCUCAUCCCGACGAGUUUGCUCACUUUUUCUUGGUCGAGGAGAGAGCUGAGCCAGCCCAGAACCGGCUAUACCGGGGGACGGCUAAAAGAAGGAACAGCUGGGAAGAUGGCAGCAGGAAAACGGAGCACAGCAGCAAGAGCAGAAGUAGGAACAGAGAGCCGAGAGACAAGUACCCGAGGUCCGACAUAGGGAAGGGGAGAGGGUCUAGGCGCUCUGUUUAAUUGUUCUUUAUGUACUCUAAUCAAGGGCGGGAUAAUCGAGGGCGUGAUAUUCUUUGAUAGCCCCUAAAUGAACCACAUCGCUUGUUUUCUAGUAUUCGUUCUUUUCUGGUCGUCCUCUAGUCGGACUUUAUUUGUUUAAUAAUCAUAGACUUUAUUCUGGUUUGUGGUUCAGCAUAAGCAUUACUCAAGGUUUUAUUCUUUUAUGGUCGGCAUAUUUUAUAUUAAAUGAAUUAGUUUUAUGAUAGAUUAUGUAUUUUAAUUAUAAUUGUCAUGGUUAUUCUGGGACCAAUAAAUGCCAUCUCUGUUUAGUACUAAGAUUGCUAUUUUAAUG